CGCGUUGUUAUGCCACUUUCAGCGCAAUAUAAACCUGGGCCUCAGCACCUUCAACAAGGGUCAGAUUUCCAGCACAAAUGACUCUAAUCAACGGGUGGAAGACUUUACUCGAGACUGCAUAGACGUAUCCGGAUUUGCUAUAUUUAUCAUUGACUUCACUAAAACCCUUUAACAGUAUGACGUUAUUAUUCUGUUAUUUUAAAUUAAUGGGCAAAUAGCGAAAAACAUUUAUAAAGGAUGCAUCUUGAGAUUGCACUUAAAUCCACGAAGAAAUCGCGAUUCCGUGGGGCGCACAAUUCUGAUUAGACAAUUCUUAUUAUUGUUCACCACAUGGAAAAAUUCUGAACUCUGAAAAGUAGCCGAGGGCGACCAUUUUUCAAGACUCCAAGACGCGUAGGCUAAUUUGGGUCCCCGUGCGUUUCAAGAUGAACCUAAUUGGGAGCUACCAGCACCAUCACCUAAUGCACGAGACCUUUCCGUUCGUCCAGAGGUGUCAUCCAGACGCACAGUACUUCCAGAGCUGGGUGGUGAAUCACGCAGAGGUUCCCGCAGACUUUCAGAUCCAGCAGCCGUACUCUUCCGAGUUCAGCGGUCCGAGCGUCGCGCAAGACGCCCAGAUGGACGCGCUGUCCGGGCGAAUGGGGAAAAGACGAGCGUCCGGACCCAAGAAAGAGCGGAAAAGGACAGAGAGCAUCAACACUGCUUUUGCCGAACUGAGAGAAUGUAUACCAAACGUUCCCGCGGACACCAAACUGUCCAAAAUAAAGACACUGAGACUGGCCACAAGUUACAUUGCCUAUCUGAUGGAUGUUCUGGCAAAAGACACUGGUGAAACGGAGGGAUUCAAAGCAGAAAUAAAGAAAUUUGACAGUAGAGAUUUAAAAAGGAAACGAGAAGUGAAUGACGGUCUUCAGGAUUCACUAGGAAGCGAGAAAAAGUUCAAAGGCAGGACGGGUUGGCCUCAACAGGUUUGGGCUCUGGAACUCAACCAGUGAAUGGCUCGCGCCCCACCGAACGGCACCCGGCACUCAGACUCGGUAUUCAAGCGCGCGUCUGGGAAUACAACCACUUGUACACUUCAAAGUGCAAUGUUAUUCAUUUGAAUCUGGGGGGGGCGGGAUAUUAGAGGACUUGAAAACGGCACCAUUGCUAAUAAUUUAACCGUCUUAUUAAUUCGUUCUGUGCUAUGGUUGUACCUAACUGUGAUAUUUCCCACAUAAUUUAAAACUAAAUCAUAAAAGAAUGAAAAAAGCCAUUAUUUUGUUG